GGCGGCGGCGACUGCGGCCGGUUCGGGAGAAGCUGGACCUGCCUGCGACCCCGAGGUUCGGCUCAGAGCGAAUAGGAGUCGAGACGGAUCGAGACGGCGAGACGCGAGCUCUGGCCCACCGAGGAGGAUCGGGCGGUUUCGGCGCUCCCGCCUCCCUGCUCCCCAGCCCCGGGCCCGCCCCCAGCCCCGCGCCCCUGCUCCUGCUCCCGCCCCCCACGGAGCACCCCCAGCCUCGAGCCCCCUGGUGGGGUAACCCCCGCUGAGCGCGACCCCUCCCCAGCGGGGCACACACCUACCUGGGGCUGGGGACCGGGUCGGGCUGGGGCUGAGUGGGAGCUGAGUGGGUCUCCCCGGCCGGGGCCAUGCGGGCUUCGCUGUUGCUGUCGGUGCUGCGGCCCGCGGGGCCCGUGGCCGUGGGCAUCUCUCUGGGCUUUACCCUGAGCCUGCUCAGCGUCACCUGGGUGGAGGAGCCCUGCGGCCCCGGUCCUCCCCGCCCCGGGGACCCCGACCUACCCCUCCGCGGUUACACCAACGCAGCCCGCCGGCCCAACUCGGUGCAGACCAGCCCCGAUCGCGAGCGGCCAGAGGACACGGAGAGCUGGGAACCCCGCGUGGUGCCCUACCGCCCCACGCACUCUAGCCAGAUCACCAAGAAAGCAGUCAGGACCCGAUACAUCAGCACAGAGCUAGGCAUCCGGCAGAGGCUGCUGGUGGCUGUGCUCACCUCCCAGGAUACCCUGCCCUCGCUGGGCGUGGCAGUGAACCGAACACUUGGACAUUGGCUGGAGCAGGUGGUGUUCCUGACUGGCACGAAGAGCCGCAGGGAACCCCCCGGCAUGGCGGUGAUGGCACUGGGAGAGGAGCGGCCUAUUGGGCAGCUGCACCUGGCCCUUCGGCACCUCUUGGAGAAGUAUGGGGAAGAUUUUGACUGGUUCUUCUUGGUGCCGGAUACCACCUAUACAGAGGCCCACAGGCUAGCCCGGCUGACUGGCCACCUCAGCCUGGCCACAGCUUCCCAUCUCUACCUGGGUCGGCCUGAAGACUUCAUCGGGGGAGAAUCCACUCCAGGUCGAUACUGCCACAGUGGCUUCGGGAUACUGUUAUCCCGCAUGCUCCUGCAGCAACUACAGCCACACUUGGAGAGCUGCCGAAAUGACAUUGUCAGCUCUCGGCCUGAUGAAUGGCUGGGCCGCUGUAUCCUUGAUGCCACCGGGGUCAGCUGUACAGGCGAGCACCAGGGCGUGCACUAUAACUACCUGGAACUGGGCGGUGCAGGGGAGGCGGUGCAGGAGGGGGAUCCCCACUUCCAGAGUGCCCUGACUGCCCACCCUGUACGGGACCCCGUGCACAUGUACAAGCUGCACAAGGCUUUCACACGAGCUGAACUGGAGCGCACCUACCAGGAGAUCCAAGAGCUGCAGCUGGAAAUCCAGAACACAAGCCGGCUCUCUGUGGAUGGGGAACAGGAGGCAGCCUGGCCUUUAGGCAUCCCAGCUCCAUUCCGUCCAUCCUCUCGAUUCGAGGUGCUGAACUGGGACUACUUUACGGAGCAGCAUGCUUUCUCCUGCGCAGAUGGGUCUCCCAGCUGCCCUCUGCGAGGAGCUGACCGAGAUGACGUGGCCGACGUGCUGGGCGCUGCCGUCGAAGAGCUAAACCGCCGCUACCACCCAGCUCUGCAGCUUCGCAAGCAACAGCUGCUCAACGGCUACCGCCGCUUUGACCCCACCCGGGGCAUGGAGUACACGCUGGACUUGGAGUUGGAGGCACUAACCGCAGAGGGGGCCCGCCAGCACCUCACCCGCCGAGUCCAGCUCUUGAGGCCCCUGAGCCGGGUGGAAAUCCUGCCGGUGCCCUACGUGACCGAGGCAUCGCGCCUCACCGUGCUGCUGCCACUGGCAGCAGCGGAUCUUGACUUGGCACCUCACUUCCUGGAGGCCUUCGCUGCUGCUGCCCUGCAGCCGGGGGAUACUGCCGUGGCAUUGACCCUGCUCCUGCUCUAUGAGCCGCAGCAAGCUCAGGACGUGACCCACGCCGACAUCUUUGCAUCGGUAAAGAGCCGCGUGGCGGAGCUGGAACAACGCUACCCCGGCUCCCAGGUGCCCUGGCUCAGUGUGCAGACAGCCGCCCCAUCCACCCUCCGCCUGCUCGACCUGCUUUCCAAGAAGCACCCGCUGGACACGCUCUUCCUGCUGGCCGGGCCGGCCACGGUCCUCACUUCUGAUUUCCUGAACCGCUGCCGGAUGCAUGCAAUCGCGGGCUGGCAGGCCUUCUUCCCCAUGCACUUCCAAGCCUUCCAUCCAGCCGUGGCCCCCCCACAGGGCCCGGGGCCCCCUGAGCUGGGCCGGGACACGGGUCACUUUGACCGCCACAUGGCCAGCGAAGCCUGCUUCUACAACUCUGACUAUGUGGCGGCCCGAAGGCAGCUCGCAAAGGCCUGGGAGCAGGAAGAGGAGCUUGUAGAGGGCCUAGAUCUAUAUGAACUCUUCCUGAAGUUCUCCGGCCUGCAUGUGCUGCGGGCUGUGGAGCCUGCCCUGCUGCAGCCUUACCGACACCAGCCCUGCGGGGCUCAACUCAGUGAGAACCUCUAUCGCCACUGCCGCCGGAGUGUCCUGCAGGGCCUGGGCUCCCGAUCUCAGCUAGCCAUGCUGCUCUUUGAACAAGAGCAAGGCAAUAGCACCUGACUUGGCUAGAGCCGCUCCGGCUCCCGAGUCCACCGGAAGCACAGAAGACCCCACCCCCUCCCCUUCUUCUGCCUCCAGGCCUGGGGGCCUAGCUCUGAGGCUUUGGAAAAGAGCCGGCAGCAAGCAGCGGAGGUUUCCGGGCAGGAGGGUGUUCUCUGAUCUGGGUACUUGGGAGAGAGGCUGGAGCCCUCCCAUCUCACCUGACCCUCACGGCUCCCAGUAUUUGGGCCAUGGCCCUUUAAAUAUUUAUGCAGAAAAGUCUGCUUGACGCCAGCACCCCUCCCCCCCAUGGGGGGCCCAGCAAAGGGGGAGUGGGGAGCUGUAGAUGAGAGUCUGGAUGGAGUCACUCUCGGCACAAAUAGAGUCUCACGGGUGGUCAAGAGGACUACCCAGCACCUCAAACCCCACCGGUCCCUGAUGAAGCUGAUUGUCUUUAAUAAACCAGCUGAACUUGUA